CAGUCCAAUCUAUUCGGGCCCUGCAGAUACGUACAUACACACAGAAUUGUCUGUGUCUAACAGUUGACUUGCUUACCUACAUACCUUCCUACCGGCCUCCUCCUCUACUGCUCUCGCGUUCUCUCUUACGUUCUCUCUUUCUUUCUUUCUUACUCUCUAUUCCAGCCCCCGACAUCUCACCAGCGUACGAUAAUCAACUGAGGCCCUUUAUUCGUCCAUACGCCACAAAACACAAAGAUGGUGGUAUGCAAUUCGACACUGUCGGAAACCCACUGGGACGUAGAACCGGUUGCUGGCCCUCUUACAUUCCACAAACUGGGCUGGAUAAUAUGCAUCGCCUGCACGUUAAUCUCGACCGCCUUCUCUCUCUACCUCAUCUACAAGCACGCCUCGAAUUACACGAACCGCAAUGAGCAGCGCCAGAUCAUCCGCAUCCUCUUCAUGGUGCCCAUCUACUCGGUCACGACGAUGUUCAGCUACGUCUGGUACUGGCAUGCGGUCUACUGGCAGGUUGCGCGCGAUUGCUACGAGGCGUUUGCGAUCGCUUCGUUCUUCACUUUGAUGUGCUUCUUUAUUGCGCCCGAUCUGCGACGCCAGAAGGAGUAUUUUGCCACCAUGGUGGUCAAUCCGUGGCCAUGGCCGGCUAGCUGGAUCAACAAGUGUGCGAGCGGGAAGAUGAGACAGCCAAGGAGCGGAUUGACCUGGUUCAAUAUUGUCUGGAUCUGUAUCUUUCAAUAUUGCUUCAUCCGUGUAGCGACUACCAUAAUCGCGACAGCAACUCAGGCAACGGGACACUACUGCGAGGACUCGGCGCAUCCGGCCUUCGCCCACUUCUGGAUGGUGUUCUUCAAUUGUAUCGCAGUAACCAUCGCGAUGUACAUGCUGAUCGCGUUCUACAUGAACCUCAAGACUGCCUUGGCGCCGAACAGGCCGUUGCUAAAAUUGUUGUGUAUCAAGCUCGUCAUCUUCUUCUGUUUCUGGCAGAUGGUGGUGUUCGAUCUCCUCACCUCGGCCAACAUCGUCAAACCGUCGAAAAAGAUCUCGCCCGGCGAUAUCUCGAUCGGAUUUAACGCCCUGUUGGUGUGCUUCGAGAUGAUUAUUUUCUCGAUUCUGCACCUCUUCGCCUUCCCUUACGCCCCAUACCAGGUCGCUUCUCCCGAAGCAGCACCUGGCGCAUUCCCCGUCGAUACACCUGGGACCUCUGCAUGGAAGGCGAUCGUCGACGCCUUCAACCCCUUCGAUAUCAUCAAGGCAUUCCUUCGCGGUAUGAAAUGGUGCCUAGUCGGUGUCCGGAAGCGCCACGAACACGCCGAAAAAGUGGCGGCAAGAAAAGAGUCCAACCAUGACAGUCUCACUUCACAUGCUGCGCCGCCCGCUAGCUACCCCAGCAGCCGCCCAACAGACCAUCCCACUGGUCUGGGCGUUUACGCGCAGUACUCGAGUGACAAUGGAGGGUUGAUGGUGGAGCACCCCACGCCGAACGAUCAGGAAUAUGUCCAAGAUCAGGAUAUUCCCACGCAUGGAAUUGUUAUCGGUGCGACCGAGAGAACUUCGUACGUUUCCGCACCUGCUCCCGUUCCGGUGCCAGAGCCGGAUAUCAGACAACACCCCGCCUUUUCACCCGCUGUCAGCCCGGUCUCCAGGACAAACGUGUCACCUAUCUACCCCACUGCGCCUCAAUACCCUCACACCGUCUCGCCACUGUACCCCAUUGCCAGCCAACCCGCCGACCCCGGCCUUGCCGCGCGGCGUCCGGGCGCACCAAACCACAUGCUCCCGUACCCGGAGAACGACGCGAUACGAAUGCCGAGUAUCAACCAGCACACGCCGAGUCCGAACGAGUCGCAGGAACUGCUCGAGCAACAUCCCGCGUUCAGACACUCGUGGAGACAUCCGUCCCUGCGGGGGGGGGAGGUGGGCUCACCGACUGCGCCGGAGGUGGGGUAUUCGUACGAGUACUCGGACAGCAUGAGGAAUGAGGAGGGCGUGUACCAGGGCCCUAAUCCGAGGAGAACCAGGGAGGGCCAUGUCGAUGAGACUGGGGGGUUGUAUCUGUGAUUCUGUGAAAAGACUGCAUGAGGCGUGGGGACGGGGAAGGGGAGGGGGUAUAUAGAUUUUUCUUUGGGGCCGAAUUGAUUUGGGAGCAUUGGGAGUUGCUUUGCUUUGGAUUUGCGUUUUUUUUUGUUGGGAGU